CGCAAAGGUGGGAGGGGGGGGGGAAGCGGCAGAAAAAGUAAAUCGGGCAGUUUCUCGGCUUCCUUCCCGGCAGCGACUCCAUGCCGCGGCAUUACCCCGGCGGCCUCCUCUCCCUCCGGACGCGGUAGCCAUGGCCGCGGUGGCCAUCCUCCGGAACGAUUCUUUGCAGGCGUUUCUUCAGGAUCGCACGCCGAGCGCCUCCCCGGACUUGGCCAAGCACUCGCCGCUGGCUCUGUUGGCCGCCACCUGCAGCCGGAUCGGGCAGCCGGGCGCGCCGUCGGACUUCCUGCAGGUUUCCUACGAGCCGAGCCUGGGCUCACCCUCCAGGAUCUUCCACCCGUGGAGCAGCGAGAUGCCGGCGCACUCGCCCGGCGCGCCACCGCCGCCCCUGGGGCUCACCCCGCAGCCCUCCUUCGGGGCCGGCCACGAGCUGCCGCUGACGCCGCCGGCAGACCCGUCCUACCCGUACGAGUUCUCACCCGUCAAGAUGCUGCCGCCGCCGCUGCCCUCCGGCUGCCCGCCGCCGCCCUACGUGCCCUACGCCGCCCAAGCGGCUGCCCUGCCGCCGCCCUACUCCAACCUGCUGCCCCCGCCGCCCGCGCCCCAGCCCUGCAGCCGCCAGCUCUCCCCCGCCACGCCGGCGCCCGACGACCUGCCCUGGUGGAGCAUCCAGCAGGCGGCGCCGGGCGCCUGCGCACACCGCUUCCCGCCAAGCGGCCUGCAACGCGGCCUGGUCUUGGCGCCCUCCGAGCUGGCCCAGUACCAGACGCAGCUGGCCGCCCUGCUCCACCCCAAGGCGCCCCUGGCGGCCGCGGCCAGGAGGUGCCGCCGGUGCCGCUGCCCCAAUUGCCAGGCGGCGGCCGGCGGCGGGCCCGACGCAGCCCCGGAGCCGGGCAAGAAGAAGCAGCACGUGUGCCACCUGCCCGGCUGCGGCAAGGUGUACGGCAAGACGUCGCACCUCAAGGCGCACCUGCGCUGGCACACGGGCGAGCGGCCCUUCGUCUGCAACUGGCUCUUCUGCGGCAAGAGCUUCACCCGCUCCGACGAGCUCCAGCGGCACCUGCGGACUCACACCGGCGAGAAGCGCUUCGGCUGCGGCGAGUGCGGCAAGCGCUUCAUGCGCAGCGACCACCUGGCCAAGCACGUCAAGACCCACCAGAACAAGAGGCUCAAGGCCGCCGGGGCCCCCCACGCCUGCGCCGUCAAAAGGGAGGAGACGCGGGACCUGUGACCUCCGGGCGCCCUCCUCCAGCGGCCUCCCCUCCCUAGGAUUGGUUUGCAUCCUCGGCAUGGCAGCUCUGGAAUCCGGGCGGAAAGGAGGGCUUCCUGGUACCCCAUCCUUGGCCUGGGAAACACAAGCAUUGCAAGCACAAACUACCAGGGGGAGCAGUGGAAUUUCUGCUUAGGGCACCACUGGAAGGAACCUGGCACAUGGGGGCGGUCUUACGGUGGACAGGAUAUCUCUCCCUGGGGCAGGUGGAGGGCCCCCUUUGAACAGAUCCAACGUAAAGACAUCCAGGAAAACCCCCCCCCCCCUUUGGGGGUUUUGUAUGCAUUUGCAUCUUAGGAGAUCAAGCCUUUGGACCUCUUUUCUAUAGGAGAAGAUGAUGCUUCUUCAAAUAUACAAGUUAAGUGUUCAAAACUCUAGUCUUUUUUGAAGUUUGGACCUCAGAACAGAUGUGGAAGAUGGGCCCAGUGUGGAGCUUGGGGACAAGGGUACCCCCUCUUUUUUGGCUCUGGAAUGGACUCCUUACAUCAGGAUUCCCCAAAGGAUGAGAGCUACAAUGCAGGAGGUUCACAGGGAUUGCUUGGACCGACAGACGGGCUAGGUUACUGUAUUAAAUAAAAAUGACAGUAUUCUUUGGUUGUGGAGGGUCUGGUUUCUCUCCUUACUGUUGUCAUUAAUAUUGCAAUUUUGUCUUUCUCCAGGGAAAACCGUUCACCUUUUUGUGUACAGCUUAUUUAAUAGCCUUGUUUGAAUUUUUAAGAACGCUGUCUCUCUUUUUGUCUUUGGCUCCAGCAUGAGAUGUUUCUGUAAAGCGGACCUUCAAUUGCAGCGGGAAAAUAAAUACAUUAACACUGGGGUCAUAACAGGAA